UCUCUGACAAGCAUGGCGUGCAAGUGACAAACGAAACAGGGCACUUUAAAUCCACCUGCUGCCGCUGUGGGCACCUUGUUCCUGCUACAAUGAUGGCCCAGAUAUCAUUUGUGAGGGAGAACCGUGAUCGUAUUCAGGCAGUGGAGAAUUCGUUUGGUCCAUCGGGCCGGCCCCUAUCCCAGCCGGGUCGGAUUCUGAUGGGAAAGGGCCAUCUGAUAAAACAGGGUCGUCGGAAGGCCGAGCCGAAGGCGUUCUUCCUCUUCAAUGAUGUGCUGGUUUACGGCAGCAUCCUUCUGAACGGCCGCUGGCACAAAAACCAGAAGAUCAUCCCUCUAGAGGACAUUCAGCUGGAGGACAUGGAGGAUGGUGUGGGACUGGAGAACCAAUGGCUUAUCCGUACACCAUGCAAGUCCUUUUUUGUGUCCGCCCCUUCAUACGAGGAGAAGCGGGCCUGGAUGGAUCACAUUGAAGACUGCCGGUCUAGCCUGCUGCAGGGUGGCAGCUGCCAACCUGGCUCUGCCUUUGCUGUUUCUUGGAUCCCGGACCAGGCCGCUUACAAAUGCAUGCGCUGCUUCAGCAAGUUCACCGCAACCAACCGUCGACACCACUGCCGAAAAUGUGGCUUUUUGGUCUGCAAUUCAUGCUCCAAGACACGAGUAGUGAUAGGCCAUAUUCACCCCACUAAGAAGUUGAGGGUCUGCAGUCUCUGUCACACAAGGAAUAAAGAAGAGAUAUCUCACCUGCAGGGAGACAGCACUAGAAAGAACAGCUCAGAGGAGGACGAUGUGGGAGCUUCGAGUGAUGAAGAGGAGGAAGACGGCAUGAUGCAGAAUCACACUCCAAGCACCUGGCUGUACUCCCCGAUGGGCACUUGGGGACAGCUGGGCACUUAUGUUAACCCAAGAUCACUGCAGCAGUGGCCCCAGUAAAACAUAACCACAUCAAGACUGCUACAGCCUCUCAGACAUAACUAAUGUAUUCACCAUCAUUAAACAUCAUAUUAAACUAUGAAUUGUAUUAUAACAAAGGGUAUUGGACUUUUGAAUGGACUCAGAUGACCAGGAAAUGUUGACACAAAUACAGUAGAAUACAGUGGAAGCAUGUUUGAAUUCAGUAGAGAAAACCCUUAAAGAUCCCCUCCAGACAUGUUUUAAGAUUUAGAAAAAUGUUCCGCUUUGAAUCAUGAUUUGUGUCUCAUAUUGGUUUUCCAAUAAAAAGUUCAGUUAAGUAGGUAAAAACUCAAAAAACCAUUUUAAGUUAAAAACUUAAAUCAUGCUCAUAGGUACAGACCUUGGACACAGAUUUUCAGCAAGCGCCAAGAAACUUUCUUCCUUGGGGAAAUUAAUAUGAAGGUCAAACUUCACAGUCAGGUAACAAGAGGAACUGAAGGGGAACUUUAAAAAGAGAAUGGUGUAUUGUACAUAUUCACUAUUGUAAUUAUUACACUUUUUACACUGUAAUUGGUUCAUAUAGAUACUUGCUCUGAAGUAGCCACAAGUAUCCACCUUUUUAUGUUCUUGGAGUAUAAUUAUUAUUUCGUGUCACAGGAUGUAGAGAAGAACAGUUUCUUCAGGCAUACGUGUGAUAUAAUUCCAGUGUGUAUGUAUCAGUCACUGUUUACAUG